UUGGGAUACAUAAAAGCUGCUUAUUGUGUCCAAAGCCAAACGCGGCGACUUCGAGUGCUACGUUGACACACCAGUGGCCACAAGCAGCAUUGUCUCCCUGCAGUAUGAGUCUCAGACUGGUGUUCGUCUCACUGUGCGCACUUGCAUCAGUAACUGUUGCUGAAGAUACGACUCGGUGUCCUAGGGGAUUUCUUGAGCACGGAUCUUCUUGCUAUUGGUUCUCCAACAUAACGGGAUCAUUUGCUGAGGCAAGAUCCUACUGCCAGUUCUUUGGGAGUCACCUGGCCAGGGUAACCAGCAAAGAUGAGGCCGACUACCUGAGAAGCCGUGCAAAUGAAGAAAAGGGCUCUACAGGCUACUGGCUGGGUGCCACUGAUCUGAUCAAGGAAGGGAAGUUUGUGUGGGAGGGGGGCUCUCCCCUAAACUACACAAAUUGGCGUCCUGGGCAACCUAACAACGUCUCGCCACAGCAGCAUUGUCUAACGCUCUACAAGAACUUUGAGUAUAACUGGAAUGAUUAUGAUUGUAUUAAAAAGACAGAGUUCAUCUGUGAAAGGAAAGUGUCAAUGUGCUGCUGCAACAACUGACAGGCGCUCAAUGACGAAUGUAAUACUAAACAUCCAGAUUGUCCUUUCAAGCUUUCUUCACUAGCAAUCCAAGAUAACUAGAUCAUAUCUGACUUCACUUUGGCAUAUGUAUACUGUCAUGAGAAAUAAACAUUAAUCUUUCCUAGAUUAACAAAAUGAU